GAUUCAUUGCCUCCUCGACCAUCCUAUGGCGCUGAGGGAACCCCAAUCAUAGUACAAGCAAACUAUGUCCCCUUAUACCUGACUCCUGAGGCGGUUUUAUACAAGUACAAGGUCGACAUAGAACCCAAGGCUGUGGGUCGUAAGGCCGAACGAGUAAUCAAGCUUCUCUUUCAGCAGAACAAUCUUGGCGGAGCAGCCACAGAUUUCAGGGCAGUCAUUGUAAGGCAGAAGCAAGAGGAUAAUGCCAAGUACAAUGUCAAAUAUUUUGCAGAGGAUGAAGACGAAGCCAAGUCAGGUGCGGAGAUCUACCAUGUAGACGUCCACCUGAGCCACAUCCUCUCGAUUAAAGAUUUCCUGGCCCAUCUCGGAGAGCCUUCUGCCAUGCCGUACGAGCACAAAGACGCCAUGAUCAAUGCCUUGCAGACCCUGUUCCUUCACUACUUCAGGCGCAACAACAGCCUGCUCACAGUGGGAAACAAGACUUUUCCCAUUUCUGGCCCCGCGAGCAAGACUCAGGCCCUGGGAGAAGGUGUGGCCGUGUACCAAGGGUUCUUUGCGAGCGUCAGACCUGCCCGUCUUCGACCCCUCGUUAACGUCAGUGUGGCCUACAGCGCCUUCUACGAAGCUCCCGGUGGUAACCUGGCGUCCUUGAUCUCAGCUUUCGGUUCCACAGACAAUUACCACAUUGAGAGAUUGCUCAGGGGCUUGCGAAUUCAGAAGAAGUUCCUGAAGAAACGCAACAAGCAAGGGCAAGAAGUCUUUCCCACGAGAAAGAUAUUUGGUCUUGCUUCGCCCGAGGACGGCACGCCCAAGGCUGGCGACACCUCGAAGAAGUCACCACCACAGGUCAAGUUUUUCGGCGCCGGAGCGAAAAAUGUCAAGUUCUCCACCGACGAUGGCUGGUUCACUGUCUACCAAUAUUUUGAAAAGCAAUAUGGCAUUCGACUACAGCGGCCAGACUUGCCCGUGAUCAAUAUUGGCUCCCACGAACAUCCAAUUUACUUGCCACCAGAGGUCUGCGGCGUUCCAGCUGGUCAGCCGGUGAAAUUUGCGAACCUAAGCUCAAAGCAGACAAGCAAUAUGAUCAAGUUCACCUGCAACAACCCCAUUCAGAACUUCCGGCUGCUCACAGAGUAUGGCCUCAAGGCUGUCGGCUUCUCUGACGACCCCGAUUCCGUCUUAGUGAAAUUCAUGAAGUCCGAUGCCGAUGACUUGUCACGUGUUAGAGGUCGUACUCUCAACAAACCUCGCCUCGUGUACGGGGACAGAACUCUCAAUGUUGCCAGGGCAUCAUGGAACCUUAUGGGCCAGAAGCUCAGCUGUCCUAAUAACGCGACCAAAUCCUGGGGCUGGGUGUAUGUGAGAAUCGCGGGUCAAAACCCCGCCUAUGAGUCUAUCAACACAUUUCUACCGACCGUGAUGGAAUUUCAAGACGCCAUGCUCUCCUAUGGGAUUCGACUAAAUAAGUCCCAAGACGGCCGAGACAUAGCACGCGCGUGCAUUCUGCAGAACCAAAAUGAUCCUGCGCUCGAGACCUCCCUGGAAGCCUUCAGGGGCAAGGACCUUGUGUGGGUCAUCGUCCCUGCUGGCUCCAAGUUGCUCUAUGAUCGAAUCAAGUACUUGUCAGAUGUCAAGCUGGGAGUGAUGACAGUUGUUUCCGUUGACAAGACUUUGAAGGAACGCGACCCCAGAUACCAGAGCCAAUAUCUUGGAAAUGAGGCUCUCAAGGUCAACCUGAAGCUUGGAGGAAUGAACCAGCGCAUCACUUCUGGCCUACACUUCAUCUCCGAGGGCAAGACGAUGCUAGUCGGUAUUGAUGUGAUUCAUCCCUCGACAGACCAAACCAGGGGUGGAAUGCCCAGUGUGGCGGGUAUGGUAGCCACUGUAGAUAGGCACGUUGCCCAAUGGCCCGGAGUGCUCCAGGUACAGCAGAAGCGGCAAGAGAUGGUCUCGGACCUCGAGCCUAUGCUCAUCGCCUGUCUCAACAAGUGGAAGCAAGCCAACAACGGAACCUUACCAGAGAACAUUCUCGUCUAUCGCGACGGCGUUUCUGAAGGCCAACACCAGGAGGUCCGCAAGCACGAGCUGCCACUCCUCCGGGCAGCCUGCCAGGCUGUCUAUCCGCCGGCCAGCCAGGGGAUGGGCCUUCCUCGGAUCACCAUCGUCAUCGUCGCCAAGCGCCACCACACGCGUUUUGCACCCGGCGCCGAUGGCGCAUGCGACAAGACAUUUAACUGCGAGGCUGGCCUGGUGGUGGACAGCGGCAUCACGGAGCUCGCGUCCUGGAACUUUUACCUGCAGGCACACAGCGCCAUCAAAGGCCACGCGCGGCCUGGGUUCUACACCGUGGUGCACGAUGAGAUCUUUCGUUGGUACAAGCCCGCGAAUAGCAAACCCACCGCAGCCGACGUCCUGCAGGAGGUCUCUCAGAGCCUCUGCUACGCGUUCGGCCGGGCCACUCGUGCCGUUGGCAUCUGCACACCUGCUUACUACGCCGACAUCCUGUGCGAGCGGGCUGGGUGCUACCUGCGUGCUUUCGAAGCGUCGGAGGCGUCUGGUGGCAUCUUCUCCCGCAGAAUCACUGAGUCCAGCGAGCUCACGGACGAAGACAUGCGACGGCUGCAGAGGGAGAUGGAGACGCACGAUAACUUGAAGGCCAGGAUGAUCUACAUCUAA